AUGUUCUCCAUAUACAUAAAGAUCUCAAAAAUUUCCUUGAAUAAAUCUGAAAUUCAAAUUUUUGAAAGUUUAUGGAUUUAUGUUUUCUCAUCGCAGAGGGCACUUUGUAUUUUCAAGGUCUUUUGGGCGUUUCACGGUUUGUGUGAGAUGAGUUUGUUUGGAGGUUCUAAACUGUUUGGGUUUUCACAACCAACAACUACUAGUAGUGUUACUCCAGCCUUUGGUUUCAAUGCACAGCCAGCAGCCUCUACAACUACAGCGCCGUUUGGAGGUUUCGGUUUUGGAUCUACCGCUACUACUCAGAGUACUGGUCUGUUUCAAGCACCAGCCUUAAACACAACUAAUACGACGCUCACUGGAUUUGGACAGAAUCCAUCUCCUUUCCAAGGGUUUAAUGUAAAUACCCCCAAAACAACUGUUGGAUUGUUUGGUUCUACAUUCACAACUCCUGCUACCACACAGCAGGGUUUCAGUGGAUUUGGUUCACAGUUUGGUCAGCAAACAAAUCAAAAUACUGCCUUCAGUUUUACACAACCAACACAGGGUCUGUUUAAUCCUCCUAAAACACAAACUUUCGGUUUUGGUCAAAAUAUUACUACAAAUACACAACAACAACAGCAGCAGCAACAACAACAGCAACAAGUAGCACAACAGAACACAGUUGAUGCCUUUUUUGCUUCCCUAUCACAACCUAUGCUAUUUGGAGAUGAACGUGAUUCAAUUAUCGCGCGCUGGAAUCAAUUACAAGCAAUGUGGGGUACAGGUAUUGGUUACAGUGCAAUGGGUGUGGUCAAUUAUACCCCUGAGAAUACUUUUGCUCGCCUAAAAUCUAUCGGAUAUAAUGUAUUGCCUACAAGUACAGAUGCAGAUGGACUUGUGUGUCUCUUUAUCGCUCGUCCAUUCUCUGAAGUCUCUAGUCAGCGUCAAGGUGUGCAAGAUACUUUAUUCAGACUGUUAGGUGGCCGUCCUAAUUUACAACUUGUAGUUGAAGAAAUACGUCCAUGUGCUGAGGCCGAGGGGGUCACUGAAGUUAUAUUAAAAGUUACAGAACGGCUGGCUACAGGUACAAUAUCAAACAUAUCUGCCAGUGAACUUUCAAAAUACUUAACGAGUCCAUCAGUUGCACCGCAACUUCAAUCGCAGUUAUGCGUAAAUCGUUUAAUUCCAGAAAUAUCUCCUUCUGCAGCACAGAUAAUUGCUUAUAAUGAGAAUCCACCAGCUGGUUUUGAUAGACUUAUUUGGCAACAGGCUUGUCUUGACAAUCCCCGUCCGGAUAGUAUGAUUCCUAUUCCAUUUAUUGGAUUUUCUGAUUUGAGAAGACGUAAGUGUGAUCAACUCGCUUAUGGGGAACAACAGAAUGGCAUGAUUAAACAUAUUACUGAAUUAGUGACCAAACUGCGUACUGGUCAAUUGGGUAUGUCACAAAGGCUUAUUCAAUUGAAACGUAAACAAAUAGAAUUAAGCCACAGAGUUUUAAAAGUUUUAAAACACCAAGAGGUGCAUAGACGUUGUGGAUUCACUAUAAGCGCUGAAGAAGAAAGAAUGCGUUGUGAACUUGAACGGAUUUGGUCAGAUCUUACUGCUCCAAGAGGUUUACGUAUCAGAUUUCAAGAGGCGUUGACUACACUGCGUAAUUCUUCUGAGUUGAACAAGAAAGAUAAAGAAAACAUUGGAUUAACCUAUAAAGGUGAUUCUGGAGAUGUAUAUUCAUCAUGGAAUUUAGAUACUGAUUCAUUAACUGAAUUAAAAGAAUACUUAACUCAACGUCAUAACGGUAUUAAAGAAAUGCAACGACUUAUCACAGAGAUGACUAGCACUUUGAAAGUUAUAGAAGACAAUCCAAUUCCCAAUGUACCACUUGUACAUAAAUCUUCAUUUAUAAACUCUCCAGUCGGUGUGCAUAGGUCUCGUAUACAUUAAUUCUCUAUUUUCUACACUUUUUCUAGUGUGUGUGUGUGUGUGUGUGUGUAUUUGUAUAAAAAUGCUUCAGAUUACUUUAGGGUUUUAUAAAUGUCACAAGUGUUCAAAGAUGAUGACUUCUCUGUCUUAUUGUACAAAUCACUUGUUCUAAUCCUAUUCUCACUAUAAAAAUUUUUAUCAGU